AUGGACAAGCUGUUCCUCCUAGGCCUCUCUGUGCUCUACCUCUCAAGGGAUGGGGAGUCAACAUUCGGUUUUCUGAAGGAAUAUGAUCAAGUGGAAGGUGUCGCAUGCCACGUCUGCAAAAGAUUUGUCAAUGGCCGUUGUUUGGAGAGUAAGGAUAGCUGUGUGAAGGAAGUACCAUCUGGAUGUGAAACUAAAGUGUUUUACCUGAUUGUCAAUCAUGUGUGGCAGAGUACUUACGCCAGACUGAAUUGCAACUCAGUAUGCAAAGAGACUGAAGGUAUAGACAAUGGGAUGCAUUUUAAAAUCUUUUGCUGUAACCAAGACUACUGCAACAAACCUCAAUCUGGAGGCAUAUAAUUGAGCAACAGAAAAUUGGCUGUCACUUGGAUGGUUUUGCUAUCCCCACCUUCUUAUCUCCUUCAUUCUCCCACCUGCUCCCAGUCCUUGCACCUCCCCCAUUAGGCUUAUGAUGGGCUCUGGGGAAAGAAUAUGCAGUCCUGUUUUGAAUGGAGGAGAGACUACUUCUGAUCCCUCCCCACUCAACUAACAUUACAUCAUAUGGACACCAUGGGGCUCAGAGAUCCAGGCCUGAUAUUUAUCACUAAGCCUCUACUUCCUUUCUUUAAUCAAGAAACAGAUCCCUGAGCCCAGACCAUGGGGUGAAUCCAACCAUGGCUCUAAAGAAGCCAGACUGUG